AUCUAAAAUUGUACAACCCAAUACCCAACUUGAUGAUAGAGAAAGCAGAAACGCGGUAUUUCCCAUUAUUCCAAUUGAAUAUCAUCAAAUCAAAUCAAAUUUUAUCAAAAACCUACAAAAACUCUUCAACGUUCAUUUCCAUUCAAAUUGCUACAAUUUGUGAGGAUUUCCCAUAAUCUGAAUUUGCUUUUGAUGUUCUCAUCUGGGUAGUUUUUAAUUUUGCUUAAAACUCUCUCUUUGAUCGGUCAAUGCAAUAACAAAGAGGAUUCAGAUAAUAAUGGGGUGUGUUUCGAGUCAACCAGCUGAUUCUAAAGCCAAUAGAGUUGCUCGUUGGCGUUCCACUGGGAUUGUUGCUCUAAGAGAUUCCAAAUUAAAGACAUUUCCUGAUGAAGUUCUUGACCUUGACAGAGUUGUACGCACAGUGGAUUUAACACAUAACAAAAUAGUUGAUGUUCCUGUAGAGAUUAACAAAUUAAUCAACAUGCAGCGUUUGAUUUUAGCAGACAAUCUUAUUGAACGCCUUCCAAUGAACCUGGGGAAGCUUCAAUCAUUGAAAGUAAUGACACUUGAUGGAAACAAGCUUUCUGGGUUGCCUGAUGAAUUGGGUCAACUGGUACGACUUGAGCAAUUGUCUGUGUCUCGGAACGUGUUGACAUACUUACCAGAGACUCUAGGGAGUCUUAGGAAUUUGAAGCUCUUGAAUGCAUCUAACAAUCAAUUAAAGUAUCUUCCUGAAUCAAUCGGAAGUUGCUUUUCACUUGAGGAGCUUCAAGCAAACGAUAAUUCCAUUGAUGAACUUCCUCUUUCUGUUUGUAAUCUCAUUCAUCUGAAGUCACUCUCUUUGAAUAACAACAAAGUAAAACAGAUGCCUGCAACUAUACUCAAAGACUGCAAGACUCUGCAGAGUAUUUCUUUGCACAACAAUCCCAUAAAUAUGGAUCAAUUUCAACAGAUGGAAGGCUUUCAAGAGUUUGAGGCACGUCGGAGAAAGAAAUUUGACAAACAGAUCGAUUCAAAUGUGAUGAUGAAUACUAAGGGUCUUGAACAGGGUGUUGAUUCGUAAACCUGACAUCCCGUAUCCAAUAUGAAAUCUGAUAAAGUUUUGGAGCUAUGAAAAUUUAGCGCGAUGAUGGUUACUAAAAUGCUUCUCUUCAGCUGUCAUGGUGAAUAUUCUCUUUUUUUUUUUUGGUAUAUUUUGAAAUUAAUUUUUGGUCUCUUGAAUUUGGAUGUUUACUUGAGCAGUUCUGUAUAUAGAUUUAUUAUUCUAUCUGCUACCACAGGAAGUUUGAGACAUUGAGUUUGUAAACUGAAUGGUUUGCUAAGUGUUUAUACCAGUUUUGUUGCCCUUCUUUAAACUAAUGACAGCACAUACAGAUAUAUUAUAUAAUUCUGUGUGUCGGUCCUAAUCCCGAAUGAAGGAGGUUGCAUUAGGUUAGUGACAUGCAUUGUAGCAUAGGGGAGUCAGUGAGGUGCUGCAUUUUCCAUACCCGGUGUAGUGAAAUGUGGGCAGGAGUUUCUAGGAUUUUGCCUAGUUCGGUGCGGUAGAUUGCUCAAAUGUGGUGCCAAAUGAUCAAGGGUUUUACACUUCAUCUGUGAGACUCGGGUUUAGUGUUAAGUAUUAAAUGGUUGCUAGGCUGUCUCUCAGAAGCAUUGUGUUCUAUAUUUGAAUGUUCAAAUGAGCAAAGAUUGUUGGUAUUAAGGAUAUAAACCCGAAAAGAAUUAGAUCUUAACUUAGAUUGGCAUGUUGGAAUAUUAGUGUUGAGGGUUAAUCAAUAAUUGUUUUUAUGAAUGUGGUUAAUGAAGUAAUGGUGAACAUUGGUAGCAUGGGAAGAGCUUGGGUGUGUUGGGUGGUGUAAGGUUGGACAAACAACACUAAACUCAAGCAAGCUGCGAACAAUGCAUGGUGCAACUUGUAAUUUGGCGAUAGCAUCAUGCUGAGGCGAGUGUAUGGCUUGGAAUGGAGGAGUAGGCCUUUCUAAUGCUACUGGUUGUUGGACAAAAACUGCUCGGAAGAGCACACGUUGUGCUCGAGCAAGCGUGCAAAGCUGGAAGCCUAUUGUGCAAAUUUGUGUUGUGCUCAGACGAGUACACUAUUAAUGAGCAUAAUUACUCAUGCAAAUUAGCACUAAUAAGCCAUUCAAUUCGUUGGCUUAUAUUUACUUAUUUUGCUUCAUUUCAACAUAAAGAGAAAGAGCAAAACACUAGCAGCCCGUAUUGGUUUAUGGUAGUAACAUAAUGGUAGUGAAAAUGAUUUGUGUUGUACUUUUUAAAAAAAAUCUCAUGUCAUUCCCUUAGUAAUAAAAUGUUAAUUAUAAAAAUGUUUUUUUUAUUUAUAAUUUUUCAUUACCACCUAAUGACACAUUACAAUGAUAAUGAACUAAUGUAUUUAAAUGAAUUUUAUAAAGAAAAUGACAUGAUAAUUAAAAAUAGAAUAAACAUAAUCAUUAAAGUUAUAAUAAGAAUUUUCAGUAUUAAAUAUUGUGAACAACCUAAAUCCAAGAUUAUUAGCCCUAACAAUCCCCCACCUCUACUAAUAUUUACUACUAUUUGUUGAGCAUUCAUUAUCUAGAACUUGUUUUCAACUCAAUUCACAAUAGUUGAAUUACAUUCAGUUCAAUUCAACACGUCAAUUUCACCUUCUCAUAUUCACUUUUUUUUUUUUUUUUCUUUUACAAAAUACCCUUAUCCUAUUGAAUUUGCAGCAUUUUCUAUGUUGAUCUAUUUCAUUUAAUCUGCAUCAUUUCUAUCUUCGAACAAUGAUUUAUCACUUUCUAAUUGAACAAAUGAGUAGGACUUUCUAGGAGCAUAAUCUAUGAAUGGAGCCAAAUUUGAUGUAUCAUACCAAAUUGUAGGUACAUUGGUAUUUUCACAAAAACUUGAUGAUUUAUGAAGGAGGAAGUAUUAGUGACUACUCAAGUACAAGUACAUUCUAUUUAUACUUCAACGACCAAUCUUUU